UUCGCAAGGACAAGUGAUUGGAGUUUGGGGUGAGCGCAGGAAGUCCUGCCGGUUGCCUGCUGCUGCGGAUCUCGGGUUCUCCCCGCGGGGCAGUGGGCUGCGCUCCCGGACAAGGAUUCCAUCAGCUCCAGGGCCAGCCAAAAGGCCUCUGCCCCUGAAGCCUGCAGGAGCGAGUCGGCGUGCAGCGCUCCGGGGAGGCUGUGGUCAUGGUGAAUGAACGCCCGGACCCGCCGGAGCGCGGUGAGGACUCGGUGCGCCAGUCCUCGCUCCAAAUAAACCCGAGCUCCCCGGCGGCGCCCCAUCUUAGCGCCUCGGCCCAUCCCAGCGUGUCCAUCCACCCCAGCGUGUCCGUCCAGCCCAGCGUCUCGGCCCACCCCAGCAGUUCGGCUUACCACAGUACCUUGGCUCAACCCAGCGGUUUCACGCAACCCAGUAGCUCCUCCAACCCCGACAACUUGAGCGUGAUCAAGGUGAGCGCGCGCCGUUGGGCCGUAGUCCUGCUGUUCAGCUGUUACUCCAUGUGCAACGCGUUUCAGUGGAUCCAGUACGGCUCCAUCAACAACAUCUUCAGGAACUUCUACGAGGUCAGCGCCUUUGCCAUCGACUGGCUGUCCAUGUGCUACAUGCUGACCUACAUCCCUCUGCUCCUGCCGGUGACCUGGAUGCUGGAGAAAUUUGGCCUGCGCACCAUCGCCCUCCUCGGCUCGGCCCUCAAUUGCCUGGGGGCUUGGGUGAAGCUGGGUAGCCUGCGGCCUCACCUCUUCCCAGUUACCGUGGUGGGCCAGGUCAUUUGCUCGGUGGCCCAGGUGUUCAUCCUGGGCAUGCCCUCCCGCAUUGCUUCCGUCUGGUUCGGACCUAAUGAAGUUUCCACAGCCUGUUCCCUGGCUGUCUUUGGCAAUCAGCUUGGAAUUGCGAUUGGGUUCUUGGUCCCUCCUAUUUUGGUACCCAACAUCAGUGACCAGGACAAGCUUGCCUACCACAUCAGCAUCAUGUUCUACAUGAUAGGAGGUGUGGCCACUCUCCUUUUCAUCCUUGUCAUCAUCGUGUUCAAGGAGAAGCCUAAGUAUCCCCCCAGCAGAGCCCAAUCCCUGAGCUAUGCCUUGUCAUCUCCUGACGCUUCAUACUUACGUGCUAUCAUCCGGCUCUUCAAAAACCUCAACUUUGUGCUGCUUGUCAUCACCUAUGGUCUGAAUGCAGGUGCUUUUUAUGCCUUGUCCACUUUGCUGAAUCAAAUGGUGAUCUCACACUACCCGGGGCAAGAGGUGAAUGCUGGGAGAAUCGGCUUGACCAUCAUCAUCGCAGGAAUGCUUGGGGCUAUGAUCUCAGGUCUGUGGCUGGAUAAAACCAAAACCUACAAGGAGACAACCCUGGUGGUCUAUGUCAUGACUCUGGUGGGCAUGGUAGUCUUCACAUUCACCUUGAACCUGGGACAACUGUGGGUCGUGUUUGUCACUGCUGGUACAAUGGGCUUCUUCAUGACUGGCUAUCUCCCACUGGGAUUUGAGUUUGCAGUGGAGCUCACGUACCCAGAAUCCGAGGGAAUGUCAUCUGGUCUCCUCAACGUGUCUGCACAGGUAUUUGGGAUCAUCUUCACCAUCGCUCAGGGACAGAUUUUAGAGGACUAUGGCACCUUGCCUGGGAACAUCUUCCUCUGUGUGUUCCUAGCCCUUGGGGCAGCACUCACAGCUUUCAUUAGGGCAGAUCUCCGGAGGCAGAAGGCAAACAAAGAUGUUCCUGAGACUAAAGUCCAGGAGGAACAGGAAAGCAACACCAGCAAGGUGCCCACUGUCGUGUCAGAGGAUCACCUCUGAUAGAGAGAUGACAGCAACUCAGGGGACCACGAACACCCACUUGUUCAUUCUGCUCAGCGCCCUGUCAGCACAAAGGCCUUCCCUGGGCAGCUUUUGGAGGGAACCAGCUGCAGUAUUUGUGGCUUGCCUGGCGGUACCCAUGCCUCCUGGAACCCACUCAAGAGCUCGGAUGCUUAGUGGAGGAAAGUCAGACUUUCCGUCAAAUGCAAAUUGGAUUACUGCCCCCUCCUCUAUUAGGUCAUGGGUGCUGGUUUGGGGAGAGGCUGAUGGAGGGUGCUGGAGUCUAAUGUUGCUUGAUCCUUUGCCUUCCUCCAACCCCAUCCUCUCUUUUGGAGAAUACUUGGGAAAUUAUCACAAGAAGAAAGCUUACUCAGGAUAUUCACUUUUUCUAUUGUCUCAAGACCUUCCCAUGAGGCCCCAUUGUCAUGAAGAAGGGGCCAGCUGUUCUGCCUGGGGAAGGGUCAUUCCUCAGCCUGGGUCAGGGUCAUUCCUCAGCCUGGGUCAUCGGACAAACCACUCCAGUGCACAGAGAGAAGGUGCAAUGGGGACAUCACCCAUAGAACAACCCCAUCAGGGAAAAACCCUCAGGACUCUUGGCCCUCAUUCCCCUGGCCUAAUGUUGGAAUUGUCUCCAGAUCCUCUUUCCUAAGCGCUGAUCAGACCAAACACCAAUAAACUUGACAAAACUGGAUUGUGGUCUCGUGCAGGGGAUACUGUGUAUCACCUAGGGGCCAAGAGUGAGCUUAUGAAGUCUGCACUGUGAACUUUGCUGACUGAGUUCUGAUGAGAUGUUUUUAUACAAAUGAAGUCUUUGACCAGGGACUGCUGUUUGUCCCAGGCCACCAAAUCUGCUUUUAUCUGGAUAUGCAUUAUCCGGAGGGGAUAAUCAUAGCUAAUCUCGAACAUUCCACUCUAGCCAAUCUAAGGCUGCUUCUGAGAGAUGAGAGGAAAGGGGUAGCUGGGAAGGCAUCUUUUGCAAUGGGCAUUGAGUUCGUUUGAAUUAUAAACAUCUCAUCUCUGAUGGGGGCAGUAUUUACACACCCAACCUUCUCUUCAUCUCCUGCUAGUGAUAAUCUUCAUCAGAUAACCUCAACAUUAAGGGAUUCCCUUUAGACCAAUUCCAGUUGAGUUCUUUCCCUACUUUAGCCUGCUGUAUGGCUUUUAUAGUAUCUUCUGAACAUAAGAGCAUUCUUGGUUAAUUUCUCCAAGGUGUUGAGUAGCUGUGGUCUUGACCACAGUGCUAUCUGAAUUUGGUCUCUCUCAUGGCCCCACUCAUGAUCUCAGAGGAGCCUGGCUGCCUCUGUGUGUGUGUGUGUGUGUGUGUGUGUGUGUGUGUGUGUGUGUGUACAAAUCUGUACAUGGAGGGGUAGAAUGCCCUCUGUAAGUAAUAGAUGAGGCUCACACUUUUGGUGGAAGGAGUGCUUGGUGGGGGUUGUCUGUCUUUUUUUUAACAGGAGAAAGAUGUUUAUUCAACUGCUCAAAAUGUAUUAACAUUGUUUACUGAACCCAUUGCUCUAUUUUAAAAAAGAUAAUUUGUAUUUUCUAUUUGUAGUAUCAGAUGUUUUAAGGCAAUAAAGAUUCUUAAAGUGG